AUGUCAUUCACAUCCAUCCCAAUCCUCGACCUGGAUCUCUCCAGAGAUCCGGCCACCAAGCCCGAGUUUCUCAAGCAGCUCCGUGAUGCACUCAUGGAAGUCGGCUUCUUGUAUCUAAAAAAUGUAGGCAUUUCACAGGAGUUGUGGGACGAAGUUAUCAGACAAGGCAAGGGCUUCUUCGACAUUCCCCAGGAAGAAAAACUAAAGAUUGAAAUGAAGAAUGCGCCCUCAUUUCUGGGCUACUCUCAGCUCUCUGCGGAAAUCACUGCCGGGGCCAUAGAUCACAGGGAGCAAAUUGACCUCUCAACCGAGCAUGUCCUCCCCGGCCCCGAUGCGCCGCGGUUUUACAACUUGCUCGGUCCCAAUCAGUGGCCCUCAGAAGAAAGCGCGCCGGGAUUCCGAAGCACUUAUACCGAAUACAUGCGCCAAAUGGGCGAAAUCACCAUCUACUUCACCUCGCUGAUUGCCGAGGCGAUUCAACUACCAAAGAACGCUUUUGAGAAGUACUUUGAGGCGGAUCCGCAACACAAGCUCAAGAUUGUCAAGUACCCGGACCUGGCUGAGCUGGGACUUCCAGAGGCCACGAACCACCGAGGUCUGCAGGUCCAAAACGUCCAAGGCAAAUGGAUCGACUGUCCUCCCAUCGACAGAACGCUUGUGGUGGCUAUUGGACAGGGCAUGGAGGCGUUGACUCAGGGCGUCUGCGUCAUCCCCUUCUUCCAAGGUGUAAAGCUGGAUGCGACAUUUGAAGAGCUGGAGACGGUUGGAAUCGGCAAAGUCCCUGAGGAAGUCAAAGAACAGCGCCAACAGAUCGUAGAGAGAAACGGCGGUCGCAUCGAUGAUGUCGAGUUUACAUUCCGAAAAGGCUCCGUAGCUACCACAAUGGGAGAGGCAACUCUGCGUAACAGGGUCAAGAGCCAUCAGGAUGUUGGAGAACGCUGGUAUCCGGAUAUCCUAAAGUCAAUCCUCGAGGAACAAGCACAGGCUGCGCAGAAGCAGCAGGCCCGCAAUGUGCCCAAGCCAGCGGCAGAAGUGGUUCCCACAGCCGUGGAGGCGCACUAA